GCGUGAGACAGACAAAAGUGGGUUGAGUUUUAUGAGAAUAAUUUAAAGUAUUAAGAUGUUCUGUGAAUUCAAAAAUGAACCAGUCUAUUGUAUCAAACUAUUUUAAAUUUAUGAAAAUUAUGAACACAAUGUUUUCAAUUAACUACAGAAUAGUAUAAGACUAAUGCAAAGUUUAGUUUGUGAAAGACCUCGGUGAUUCGUAGUCGAUCGUUAGACGCCGCGAACUGAUAUCGACGAGUAGACAGACGGAAGUUGCGAAACGUUGCAUGGUAUCAUUGCUUUGUGUUGCCAUGUCCUUAAGAACAAAGGUUUGGUCAUUGCUAAAUGUCCUGUUGAGAGUUCCUCCAGUCUUUGUUAUGGAUUUCCUGAUGAAUGCUCAUCUAGGACUUACACAUUACAAGCCAGGAAAGGAUGGCUAUCAAGGAAUGGUUUCAGAAACUUCAAUCAAAGACCAGGAUCUUACUUUGAUAAUUAACAUUGAUGGGUCUCUGUUGACAUGGGUCUUCAUUUACAUGUCAGGUUUUUGUGCUGCAUUUUGUAUGUUUCUUCUAAAUACCAAGCAACUGUUGUCAGUUUAUCUAUGGUUAGCAUCAACAGGAGUCAUCUUGUGGUCUCACAUUGGUAAUGAAGAGUACAUGAAGUAUGCAGUUUGUCUUAGGGAGAAAAACAGUAAUGUUGGUUAUGAACUUUUAACCUUAAAUAUCCAGGCAUUUCUAAAGUUUGGUGGAAACUAUAUACUUCAAGUAUUCUUGGCUAUGAUUUUUUGCUUCUCAAACAGUACUUUCGAAAAUAUUCCACCUAAAAGAAUGGUAGGGUUGUGUUUCAUUGGACCCACGAUCAUUAGUCUUUUACCUAUUCCUACUACUGUUCUUCAGUGUACACCAGUGAUCUCAUCUGCUCUAUCUUUUUUUUAUAUUAUUGUAUCUCUUUUGAGUCAUGGACGACUAAUCGUUGAAGUUAUCAUCAGUGGGACUCGUUGGUGUAAUGAUGUGAUCAAACAUUAUGGCCUAUACACACUACUUGAGAACCAGUGGUUAAGACUGCAAGUUCCACAAGUGUUAAGAGUAUUUUGGAUAACCAGGGUUACAGAACAAGCAGUGCUAUUAUUGGCAGAUAACUUACAUAGCAGUAACCCAACUUCUAGUGUGCUUAGCAUGUUAUUUGACAACUCCUUCACUAUUACAAAAGAGCUUCUGAUUCAAGGUGAAACCCUUGUAGCAGUGCUAGGAAUGACAAGUGUAGUUUCAUCCAUUUCUCAUUACAUUGGGUACAGUGUGCAAUAUUUUCUACAUCUUGAAGAUCCAGAAGAUAGGAGUAUUGGAACUGUCUCUGCGAUUCUCUUCUUUAUUCUAGCUUUGCAGACAGGCCUGACAGGAAUGGAACCAGAAAAAAGAUUUCUACGGCUUUAUCGCAAUGUCUGUCUUCUUUCUACAGCAAUUAUGCACUUUAUUCAUAACAUGGUGAACCCACUUCUUAUGUCACUGAGUGCCUCCAGAAACACAUCCUAUAACAAACAUGGCCGUGCUCUCAGUGUUUGUGCAUUUCUGAUUAUUUUUCCCUGCUGGUUUCUAGUGUACUUGUGGAGUAAACACACCAUAAGCACAUGGCUCCUUGCAGUCUCUGCAUUUAGUAUUGAAGUAGUAAUCAAAGUUGUAAUUUCUCUUCUAAUCUAUCUACUAUUCAUGAUUGAUGCUUACCAUAACUCAUUCUGGGAGAAACUAGAUGAUUAUGUUUACUAUAUUCGUGCAACUGGAAACUCCAUAGAAUUCAUUUUUGGAAUAUUUCUUUUCUUUAAUGGUGCGUGGAUACUUCUGUUUGAGUCAGGUGGAACAAUCAGAGCAUGCAUGAUGUGUAUCCAUGCAUAUUUCAAUAUAUGGUUGCAAGCAAAAGCAGGAUGGAAAAUUUUCAUGAAGCGACGAUCAGCAGUGAAAAAAAUAAACUCAUUACUGGAAGCCACAGAAGAUCAGCUGAAAAACUUUGAUGAUGUUUGUGCCAUCUGUUACCAGGACCUGAAUAAUGCAAGAAUAACACGGUGUAAUCAUUACUUUCAUGGUGUCUGUUUGCGAAAGUGGCUCUAUGUACAGGAUUUAUGUCCAUUGUGUCACAAAACUUUGUACAGUGUAGAAUAUGAAGAAGCUCUUCUACUUAAUGAUACAGAAAGCCCUGUAGUAGUAAACAAUGAAAUUAUUCAUGGACAUCAAGAUUAAUAUUAUCAUAAUUUAUAAUACUAAAAUAUUUAUUUAAAAUUGUAAUUUUUUGAAAUGACUGUUAUUCACCACAUAAUUGAUAUUGCUUUUUAAAAGUCCUGUUGAGCUAAUUGUAUAUUAAAGAAAAUUAGUUUCAGUAUGGCACUAUACUAAGUAUUGUGCUUAGGAACAAACAGCUCAAAAUUACAAGUCUACUAAUUAUAUAUUAAAUGUUAAGUUAUGGCCUGCUUAUAAUUUUCAGUUCAUUUUUUCACUAACAAUGAUUUUUUUUAUGGGAAACCAAAUCCAUUCUGCUUCAUAGGGUGCUCAGAGCAUUUUGCCUGAUAAUUAAUACAUGCAGCAUUAAUGUCUCUAAUUAAAAAACUUAUUUAAAUUUUCAUUUUCAAUUUGUAAAUGAAAUUCGUAUUUUGAUUUCUCCUUAUUUAAAUAUGUACAUAAUUGCCAAAUGUUUAAAAUAAUUUGUAAUAAGUUUUAAAGAUCCUAUGCUGUAUAUACAAGUUUAAAGUUUAGCAUUGAAGGUAUUUUGCAUGCUAUAGUGGGUAUCUAUGAUUAAGAAAUCUCUUAGUAUUCAUUAUAUUCAAACAUAUUGUCAUUUAAAGUUUGUAUUUCACAUAAAUGAUUUUGUAAUCUUGUCUUGUGUCAUUUCUGACUUAAAGGUUUGUUUAAACAAGUUGGUGUCUUCAAUAAAUUAAGAUGCCGAAUAGUAUAGAUUAGUUAUUCAAGAUAAUUUUAGUUCCCCCACAAAAGCUUGCUUUUGUAUUUCUCUACUUGUUUAGGAACUGAACUUGAAACUAACAGAUUAAUAUGUAGAAAGAUAACACAGGUAUAUAGUCAAUUUAUGUAUAAUUUAAUCUUCAGUUCUUAAAGCUUUUAUUGUUUAUUACAAUUACACCUGCCAUAGUGUUUUUAUCUAUAAAAGGGGUCCAUUCAGACCAUUUAAUAAGAACGUUAAGAUUUCAUUAAUGUUUAUUUAUAUAAGGCACUUGAAAGUAUUAUAAAUGGAUCAAAAUACUGUUGUAAGUAUUAGAUGUACAAAAAUAAUAGUACUAGAUAAUGAAACAAUUAGAAUUUUGACAUUAUAUCCUUGAACCUAUGUCAUAGAAGCCAAUGCUUAGUAACUGUAUCAAAGUUAACUUAAUUCUGUAUGUAGAGAAAAAAAGAUUUAAAGUGCAAAUAUAUUUUAUUUAAUGUAGAUAUAGAGUCCAUUUCAAGUUUUUAAGAGUCCACAUUUGUAUAUGAUUUUGAUGUCUAGUGUCAGAACUGGCAUCUUCAGGUAAAGGUAUGGAUUUAUAAAGCACAUUUGACAAAAUGAAUGGCCAUAUUACAGCAAAAAAUUAGACAGUAUAUGUAAGUGUAACAUGGUGUUGUAUAAUGCCUUGCUGUAAAUUAAUUUUUAUUUCCUCAGAACAAUUUUAAGGGCAUAAACCUAUUUCAUAAACAGUGUCCUUUCAUGCUCUUAUAAAAUGUUUUCGUCACUUGGGAAAAUUUUGUAGUCUGAUAUGCACAUGUAUAUCACUUCAUAUUUGUUCAGUUUGUUUUUGCACACAUACAACAAAUAACUUUUUAUUACUAUAAACAUUUACUUCUUUGUAGACUUAAGUUAUGAUUCCCACAACUUGAAAAUAAUUGGUAAAUCACAACUAUUUUAUACAAUUAGUGCUACUCCAGCUGCAUAUCUGUAAAGACCUACGAACUAAUUACAAAAACAAUGAUUACUCACCAGAUUGUAUUGUAAUACUUCUCCAGUUGGGAACUUGGACUGGUAAUAUAGUUGUAUAGUUACCCUUUAGUUGAUAACCUAUUACUGGCAAAGCUAUAUAGUUAUCUUUAAUCCAUAACCUUGAUUAAUGGCUAGCUCAUGUGGUUUAUUUUGUAGAUACUAUUAUAACAUUUCAAGUCACAGUUUUUGUGUCAAAAUAAAUCAUCUUUUAUAAUUUUCUUACUAAUUGUAUAUUUAUGUAUUUUUUUUUUUAUAAUUAAUUGAUGUCCUAUCUACCCCUGAGAAAGGGAGUAAAAUUGUACUUUACCAGGUAUUCUAAAAAAAGAGAUGUAAAGUAAGUAUUUAAAUAUUUACACAUAUUAAAACUUAUUUAUUUAUUUAUUU